CUCCAGCACCGAGGUGGGAGGCAGGGAGCAGCGGCAGAGGCAGGAGGACGAGGAGGAGGAGGAGCCGUCGCAGGAUGAAGGAUCGGACUCAGGAGCUGCGGAGCGCGAAAGACAGUGAUGAUGAGGAAGAGGUGGUCCAUGUGGAUCGGGACCACUUCAUGGAUGAGUUCUUCGAACAGGUGGAAGAGAUCCGGGGCUGCAUUGAGAAACUGUCGGAGGAUGUGGAGCAGGUGAAGAAGCAACAUAGCGCCAUCCUGGCCGCCCCGAACCCAGAUGAGAAGACCAAACAGGAGCUGGAGGACCUCACAGCAGACAUCAAGAAGACGGCCAACAAGGUCCGGUCCAAGUUGAAAGCGAUUGAGCAAAGCAUUGAACAGGAGGAGGGGCUGAACCGUUCCUCCGCGGACCUGCGCAUCCGCAAGACCCAGCACUCCACACUCUCCCGGAAGUUCGUGGAGGUAAUGACCGAAUAUAACGCGACCCAGUCCAAGUACCGGGACCGCUGCAAGGACCGGAUCCAGCGGCAGCUGGAGAUCACCGGAAGGACCACAACCAAUGAAGAACUGGAAGACAUGCUGGAGAGCGGGAAGCUGGCCAUCUUCACGGAUGACAUCAAAAUGGACUCGCAGAUGACGAAGCAGGCGCUGAACGAGAUCGAGACGAGGCACAACGAGAUCAUCAAACUGGAAACCAGCAUCCGUGAGCUGCAUGAUAUGUUUGUGGACAUGGCCAUGCUCGUGGAGAGCCAGGGCGAGAUGAUCGACCGCAUCGAGUACAACGUGGAACAUUCCGUGGACUAUGUGGAACGGGCUGUGUCCGAUACCAAGAAGGCUGUGAAAUAUCAGAGCAAGGCGCGGAGGAAGAAAAUCAUGAUCAUCAUUUGCUGUGUGGUGCUGGGCGUGGUCUUGGCGUCAUCUAUUGGGGGGACGCUGGGCUUGUAGGCCCCUCCCACCCUGAUUCUCCCACGCCCCUCCCCCACCACAUCGGGAGCAAUACCCCCUUCCACU